AAUUAGGUCAUGAUAUCAGAGUUCAAGAAUUAGGUCUUGAUGUCAAAGUUCAAUAAUUAGGUCAUAAUGUCAGAGGUCAGGACCUGGGAUACACCUCAUUCUGAUGAUUUCACAGCUGAUAAUGAAUCCACUGAAAACAAACCAACAUUCAUGAUUUCUGACCCUGAGAAUGACGAAGAAGAACAUCAACAGCAGUUAAUAUUGAAGAGGGAAAAGGUAGAUUUUGCAUCCCAUUCAAAUAUUCAAAGAGAUGCUGAAAGGUUAAAGGACUGUAGUUCUAAUGGAAACCAAACAGAGAAUCUAGAAAGACACAGCAAUACAGAUAGGGAAAAGUGGACGUUUUCAUUCAAUUUACACAUUCAAAGUGAUGCUGAAAAGUUAAACAGCUAUACUGCCAUUGAAAAUCAGACAAAGGAUUUAGAAAGAAACACCAUUACAUAUGCAAACAAAGCAACUCAUGAAUGUAACAUUGGUGGGAAUGGUAAAGUAUUUAGCCAAUCCGCUGCUAUUUUGCAGAAUCACGUGAUGACACAUUCAGGUAAUAAAUGUUUUAAAUGUGAUGUUUGUGGAGUGGUAUUCAAACAAUCAAGUAGCUUACACACACACAAGAUGACACAUACGGGAUAUAAUCCUUUGAAAUGUGAUGUGUGUGGAAAAACAUUCAACUGGUUAAGAAGCUUACACAGACACAAAAGGACACACACUGGUGAUAAACCUUUUAAAUGUGAUGUAUGUGGAAAGGCAUUCUACCAAUCAUGUGACUUGGACAAACACAUUAGAAUACAUACUGGUGAUAAACCUUAUAAAUGUGAUGUUUAUGGAAUGGUAUUCAACCAGUCAAGUAGCUUACAUAAACACAAGAGCACACAUAAUGGUGAUAAACCUUUUAAAUGUGAUGUAUGUGGAAAGGCAUUCAACCAAUCAGGUGACUUACACAAACACGAGAGGAUACAUACUGGGGAUAAACCCUUUAAAUGUGAUGUUUGUGGAAUGGUUUUUAACCAGACAAGUAGCUUACAUAAACAUAAGAGAAUACAUACAAGUGAUAGACCUUAUAAAUGUGAUGUGUGUGGAAAGGCAUUUAAAGAAUCGGGUACCCUAGUGAAACACAUAAAAAUACAUACAGGUGAUAAACCUUAUAACUGUGAUGUGUGUGGGAAGGCGUUCAGCCAGUCGGCUCACUUAAAAACACACUUGAGGACACAUACAGGUGACUAUAAACACAAAGACAAAACUUUUAAAUGUGAUUAUUGUGCUAAAGCAUUCAGCGUAGCAGGUUCUUUACAGAAACACAUAAGGAUACACACAGGUGAGAAACCUUAUAAAUGUGAUGUCUGUGGAAAGGCAUUCAACCAAUCCAGUAACUUACAGACACACAUGCUGACACACACAUGUGAUAAACCUUUCAAGUGUGAUGUAUGUGUUAAGGCAUUCUACAAUUCAGCUUCCUUACAGAGACAUUUAAAGAUACAUACAGGUGAGAAACCUUAUAAAUGUGACGUGUGUGGAAAGGCAUUUAACCAAUCAGCUACCGUACAGAGACACAUGCUGAUACAUACAGGUGAGAAGCCUUAUAUAUGUGAUGUGUGUGAAAAGACAUUCAAAUAUUUAACAGGCUUAAAAAGACAUUUGAGAACACAUACUGGUGAGAAACCUUAUCAAUGUGAUUUCUGUCAAAGAACAUUUAGAGAGAAAUGGGAUUUAAAUACACAUCUGAGGAUACAUACAGGUGAUAAACCUUUUAAAUGUGAUGUGUGUGGAAAGACAUUCAACCGAUUAUUUAGCUUAAAGUUACACAUACGAACACAUACAGGUGAAAAACCAAAGAAUUGUGAUAUCUUGAUGUCAGAGAACAAGAUGUCAUCAACAUCUCAUUCCAGAAGUCAAGAGUCUGAAAUGGAAGAGGAACCUACUGAAAAGAAGCAAACUUUUGGGAAUACUGACCUUGUAAAUGAGGGAGAAGAUCAGCAGAAGGAAAUGUUGAAGGUGCAGAAAACAGCAUUUUCAUCCAGUGUGUAUAUUGAAUGCGAUGCUCUGAAGUUACCCAGCAAAAGGGCUUAUGCCAAUCAAACAAAGAAUGGAGAAAGGCACAUCAGUAUGCAAAGUGCAAACUGUGAAAAAUCAGAUCUGAAUAGACACAUGAGGAUACAUACAGGUGAUAAAGCUAACAGAUGUGAUGUGUGCGGGAUGUUUUUCUGUGACCCAGGAGUUUUUAAGUUACACGUUAGGACACAUGCAGGUGAUAAACCUUACAAAUGUGACAUUUGUGGGAAAGCAUUCAGGCGUAUUUGUAACUUAGAGAGACAUCAGAGAAUACAUACAGGUGAGAAACCUUAUAAAUGUGAUGUGUGUGGCAAGGUAUUUGCUGGAUCAAGUACCUUACAAAGACAUGUUUGGACACACACAGAUAAUAAGCGUUAUAAAUGUGAUGUGUGUGGAAAGGGGUUCCACCAGUCAGGUGCCUUACAGAGACACAUUAGGACACACACAGGUGUUAAACCUUAUGAAUGUGAUGCGUGUGGGAAGGCAUUCACCUCUUCCGCCUCUUUACGGAGUCACAUUAGUAUACAUACGGGUGAUAAGCCUUAUAAGUGUGAUGUAUGUGAGAAAACGUUCAACAAACCAGGUAUCUUAAAGAAACACAUGUGGACACAUACAGGUGAUAAGCCCUUUAUAUGUGAUGUGUGUGGACAGGCAUUAGGUAACUUACAGGGACAUAUUAAACAACAUACAUGUCAUAAGCCUUAUUAUUGUGGAAUGUGUGGGAUGGAAUUUAAGGUAUCAGCAGGUUUAAAGAGACACCUGAGGACACAUACAGGUGAGAAACCUUAUCAAUGUGAUGUAUGCGGGAAGGCAUUCUCGCAAUCUGGUACCUUACACUAUCACAUGAAGACACAUACAGGUGACAAACCUUUUAAUGGCAAUGUGUGUGAGAAGGCUUUUACCUAUUCAGAACAUUUACAGAUACAUAUGAUGACUCAUAGACAAGAUAAAAGUCAUAAAUGUGAUGUGUGUUGGAAGGCAUUCAACAAAUCAUUAGCCUUACAUAGACACAAGAGGAUACAUAUGGGUGUUAAACCUUAUAAAUGUGAUGUGUGCGGGAAGGCAUUCAUUGAGUCAGGUGCGUUGAAGAAACAUAUAAAGAUUCAUACAGGGGAUAAACCUUAUACCUGUGAUGUUUGUGGAAUGUCACUCAGCAGAUCAGAUUCCUUACUGAGACACAUGAAGACACACAUGGAUGAUAAACUAUAAAAUUAUGGGGUUUAAAGCAAAUUGUACAGUCGGACAGUUGACAUGAAGAGACCUGAAGAUGCAUGUCGGUGAAACUCCCUGUCAAGAUAAAGCCUAUGAAAGACAGAGAAAUUAAAUAUACAGAUAAGAAAAUAUAAUGAUAUUGUAGGGAAACCUUCUGUGUGCAACAGUGGAAGGUUUUUCAAUCGAGCUUAACAUUUACAGAAAUAUUGAUGCUGAUAAAGAUCCCACAGAAUGUGAUUGUUUUUGAAAAAGAGUUCAGGAACAUAGAGAAUUUUUUUAAAAAAGUGAUGUGUGUGGAAAUGUAAGACAUGUGUAAGAAGUUAUUCAAAAGGUGUACAGAAACAUGAAUAAAUGCAAAGGAGAAACCUCAAUUGCAUGGUUUAUGUGAAAAGUAAUUAUUGAAAAGACACCAUUGAAAGACAAAAACUGAAUAGAAAUGUAUAAAAAUACAUUCAGAAGAAAGACCUCAUGUGUAUAUUUUAUAGAAAAACAGUGUCAAAUGUAAAAUAAAUGUGGUGUGUGUGAAAAAGUUAUUCAAAGGGUGUAGAAAGACACAAAAAUACAGGAAAACUUUCUUACAUGUGGCUAAUGUGGAAAACU